ACAUAGUUCAAAUGAUUCCUUCAUCUCUCGUUACUUUACAAAGUUCAGCUUUCAUUAAUCAAAACCAAGUGUUUGGCUCCCUUUUGCUUGUGUUGUGUUGUAUUGUAUUGUAUUGUAUAAUAGUAUUAUUUACAGUGUAACAGCGAUAAUAUCAUACUACAUUGAUUAGUCAAAAAGCAGAUUAAGACCGACUGCUCCAGCUCUCACAAGUCAACCAACAAAGACCUGGGUAAUUUCCAAGCAAUUUGCUAGAGUCAAUAAUUUGGUUUUUUGCAAGCAACUUCCAACAACUAACCUUGUUUGGCUGGAAAGAAAAAGAUCUUAGAAGAAUGAAUUCUUGCAGUUUUGGUAUGCUCAUCUGCACACUUUAAGAGUUCCGCAGAAAUACUUGAAAGAAAGUUGUCCAGGAAAACUUUCAGCCCUGUUUACACACGCUGAGAGAGAGAGAGAGAGAGAUGGCUGAUGCUGCUGUUGAAUUCCUGCUGCUGAACCUGAAGCAACUACUGGUAUACAACGCCGAUCUAAUAUCCGGCGUUAAAGAACAAGUUGAAUCCCUUUACAAUGAGCUCAGCAUGUUGAAGGCUUUCCUAAAGGACUCGACAGAGAAACGCAGCGAGUACGAGAUUGUGAAAGAGCUAGUCCGACAGAUCAGAGUCGUAGUCUACGAAGCCGAAGACGUCAUCGACACUUUCGUGGUCCACACCUCCUUACAGAAGGCCAGAAGCGGCUUUUCCAAAGUCAUCCAUGGCAUCGAUUACCCAGGAAAGCUUCGCAUCGUCGCGAAAGAGAUCCGAUCUAUCCGAAAAAGGGUAGAUGAUCUAUACAGAAAGCAGUCGUUCGGAUUCGGAGUGAUUCAACAACAGGCAGGAGAGAAGUCCGGCAGAGGGUCACCGGAUAAGAAGGCUCCGGUUGUUGAGGAAGAGAACGUGGUAGGUUUCGAUCAGGAGGCGGAGAUUCUGGUGGCUCGGUUGAAUGGAGGAAAGGAGGAGAUGGAAGUAGUAUCGGUCAUCGGUAUGGGUGGACUCGGGAAGACUACUUUGGCUCGAAAAGUUUUUACUGGUCCUGUCAUUGAGUAUGAAUUCUAUAUCAGGGCAUGGAUUUAUGUUUCUCAAGAGUACAGUAGGAAAGAAGUUUUCCUUGGGAUUUUGAAUUCAAUCAACAAGCUCACUGAUGAAAUGUAUAAAUGGAGUGAUGAAAAGUUAGCCGAAGAGCUGCGUGUCCAUUUGCAUUGUGGGAGGUAUCUAAUUGUGAUUGACGAUGUUUGGACAAAAGGGGCUUGGGAUGAUCUCAAAAUGGCAUUUCCCAAGAACAACAAUAAAAGUAGGAUAUUGUUGACGAGUCGAAACAAUGAUGUCGCUAUCUAUGCUAACCCAGAUAGCCCUCCUCAUCAUUUGCGGUUUCUAUCUGAUGAUGAAAGCUGGGAGCUACUGGAGAAGAAGGUGUUUCGGAAGGAGAGAUGCCCUUUGGAGCUUGAGGAUCUUGGGAAGAAAAUCGCGAAGGAAUGCAGUGGACUGCCACUUGCCAUUGUGGUGAUUGCAGGGCUUUUAAUGAAGAAAGACAAAACGUGCGAGUGGUGGGAGAGAGUGGCUGAAAGUGUGAGUUCAUAUGUUGCUAGAGACCCCAAGCAAUGCAUGGACAUUCUAGCACUCAGUUACAAACACUUGCCGUAUCACUUGAAAGCGUGUUUUCUCUACUUUGGGGUCUUCCCAGAGGACUACGAGAUCCCCGUUUGGAAGCUAAUUCAGUUAUGGGUUGCUGAGGGGUUUAUCCAGCAAGUUGGGGAAAUAAGUUUGGAGGAUAUAGCAGAGGAGCAAUUGGAGGAUCUUGUUGACAGAAAUUUGGUAAUGGUGGAUAGAAGGAGGUCUAAUGGAGGAAUCAAAACGUGUCGUGUUCAUGAUAUGUUGCAUGACCUUUGCUUGAGAGAAGCCGAAGAAGAGAAGUUCUUGCAAGAGAUUAAAGGGUUUGUUCUAGUUCCUUGUUCGUCUUUUUCCCCUAACUUGAACAAAUACCGUCGCCUCUGUAUCCAUAACCAUGUUUUGAACUAUAUUUCUUCCAAACCUUCUGGUCCACAUGUACGUUCUUUCUUGUGUUUUGCGGUAGAACAAGGGGAGUCACGUAGAGAACACACUGCAUUCAUCCAUGAAGCGUUUAAGUUGCUUAGGGUGUUGGAAAUGAGGUCAAUCAGUCUCCCCGUUUUUCCUGUCAAGAUGAAAGAAUUAGUUCAUUUGAGGUACAUAGCCCUCCAUGGUGACUUCGAAAUUCUUCCUGCAUCAAUCUCUUACCUUUGGAACCUCCAAACUGUUAUCAUUGAAACAACUUCACGUACCCUCAAGGUGGAAGCAGAUAUUUGGAAAAUGUUGCAACUGAGGCAUUUCUUCACAAAUGCAUCUAGUCGUUUGCGUGGCCCUCCAACUAAUGCAUGGAAAAGUGGCAAAGACCCAUUGGUGAGGAGAAACCUACAGACCCUUUCUACAAUAUCCCCUGAAAGUUGUACAGAGGAUAUUUUAGCCAGGACUCCCAACCUCAAAAAACUUGGAGUUCGUGGAAAAUUACGCACCCUCAUGGAGGAAAAGGGAGGGUCCAGCUUGUUCGAUAACCUUACUAAAUUAGAUCACCUUGUGACAUUGAAAUUGUUGAAUGAUACCUUCCCUGAUCGUCCUUCCAGCGGUAGCCUUCCUCCGUUGUACAAAUUCCCGCCAAACCUAAAGAAGCUAACUUUAGCAGAUACCCUGCUGGAUUGGGAGCACAUGGCCAUUCUGGGUAUUCUACCUAAGCUUGAGGUGCUGAAACUGAAAGACAACGCGUUCAAGGGGGAACGGUGGGAGCCACUCGAUGGAGGUUUUCGUCUACUCAGAUUCUUACAGAUUGGGAGGACGGAUUUAGUUCAUUGGGAGGGUUCGAGUCAUCACUUCCCAAGACUUCACCGGCUUAUUCUUAAGCACUGUGAAAGCCUAAAGGCUGUCCCUUCUGGUCUGGGAGAUGUGUCUGCGCUUCAGAUUAUAGAGGUGUAUCAUUCCUCCCAUAAUGCUGUUGCUUCCGUCAAGCAAAUUCAGACACAAAAGCAACAAGGAGUUGCAAUCAAUCAACUUAAGCUCCUUAUCUAUCCUCCAGAAUAGUAAAUUGUGGCUUCAUGUCAAUCAAGUCUCUAUCGGUGUUCGCUUGACAGUUGGGAUUCAUCACACGGACAAUUGGAUAUGUCCACGCUUCUGACCAUUGGCUGGCUAAUUUGUUAGAGCCUAUGUGAAAUCGAUUACAUGUUUUAGGCAAAGUUAUUGCGAAACUAAACGGUCCCCUGCAGAGUGGAUUCUCAUCCAUUUGCAUUUUCUCUUCAUGCAGGCAGAUGGUGCUAGAGAGAAGGUAUUUAAGCCAGUGGUGACAUCUGCUUCCUUCUACUACAUGGAGUUAUGGCUCUUUCUACUCAUUUAAGCUACUAUACUAUUUGUCGUGUUGUCCGUGCAAUUCUUGUUGUAGAUUGGGAAAUGUUGCAAACCUCUCAAUGUUGCAUGAAGUAACAUGUUAGUUUUAGACAAACACAUAUUUUAUUGCUUCAUGUUUGCUAUUAAUGGUAUUUGAGAACUCUAGUUGUAUUAUUAUAUCUUCUCCUGUUUUUCUUUCCA